AGAUUCGUUCCUUCAAGGUUUGAAAUACAUGCGUUACAGUGUACAAUUGUUAACCAACAGAAUUAGUGCGAGCGUUUAAUUAAUCGGACAUUCUCGUUGGAAACUCCACUGUGAAAAACUGUGAAACGAACGGUACGGAAUCAUUAAAACUUGAUUGAUUUUUUGGUAAAAAAAAAUAUUAGAGAAAGUACAAACAACUUAUAAUAUUUUUCACAUUUCUUCAGUAGUUCAAUAUACAAUUAACUCGAAUAGAUGAUUUGUUUUGAUGUGGUGAUUGUGAUUUUUUGUUUUAUCAGUGAAACAAAUUCGUAUAGAAAGACUAAAACAUUCGAAAAACCAACAUGAAAAAUGGUCAUUUUUAUAAACAAAGCGCUAGUCAUUUUCUUAUUGAUAAGAAAUGGUUUAUUAACACCUAUAGUGGAAUACGAUAAAGCCUCUAAAUAUGAAGAAUAUAUCAUUGAACAUGAGAUUUCAAGUGGGCAAGCUAAAAAUACCGUCCUAAGUAUGAACUUAGAUGCCAUAACCAUUCCCCCGGGCUGUCAAAAAUGUAGCGAGAAAGACCAGCGUUACUGUUUGGGAGCUGAUCUUAUUAGUGAUCAUUGUUGUUGUGAUAAAAAGUACCAUGAAUAUUUUCCGUACAUACCGCACACUUGUUACUUUGGUAGUCAAUUAUGUUCAACUGUAGCUGACGAUUGUAUAGAAUAUCAUCGACUACGUACCUGUUGUUGUCAAAAGUAUGCUGCAUUUAAAUGGAAGGCUAAAUCUAAUGGUGUGCGUAUUACGGGAGAUAAAGUCAAUAUAUCUAGAUUAUUUUUAUUUUUAUAUUUAUUUUAUGUUAAAUAAUACCAAAGAUGAAAUAUGUAUGAUGUUUAUAAAAACAAUACUAAAUAAAAGCUUUUGAAUCAUU